AACGAUGCCCCGCUGCUGCUCACCGUCACCGCCGCCGCUGAGCAGGUGUUGCACCACCUCAGAACAGGGACGUCGUUAAUCAACUUGCAUGUAUGUGUGUGUGCAUGUGCAGUGCGUCCUUCUCCGCGGUCCCGCACGCAGACGAUCGAGAAGAUGCUGAGCAGACUGAUGAGCAGCAGCAUCAGGAGUCUGGACAGGGAAUGCAACUGCACGGUGAGGCUGCUGGACGACUCGGAGUACACCUGCACCAUCCAGCGCGAUGCCAAGGGACAGUACCUGUUUGACCUCAUUUGCCAUCAUCUCAACCUGCUGGAGAAAGACUACUUUGGCAUUAGAUAUGUUGACCCGGACAAGCAGAGGCACUGGUUGGAGUUUUCAAAGUCAAUUUCCAAACAGAUGAAAACCCAGCCUCCAUUCACCAUGUGUUUGCGUGUCAAGUUUUACCCACCUGACCCAGCUGCCCUGAAAGAGGAAAUCACAAGAUAUCUCGUCUUCCUGCAGGUUAAGAGGGAUCUCUACCAUGGUCGCCUCCUCUGCAAGACAUCAGAUGCUGCUCUGUUGGCUGCCUACAUAUUACAAGCUGAAAUCGGUGACUACGACCCCGGGAAACACCCGGAGGGCUACUGCUCCAAGUUCCAGUUCUUCCCCAAGCAUUCAGAGAAGCUGGAGCGGCGGAUUGCUGACAUCCACAAGACUGAGCUCAUAGGUCAGAGUCCCGAAACAUCCGAGCUCAACUUCCUCCAGAAGGCUCAGAUGCUGGAGACGUAUGGGGUGGACCCUCAUCCAUGCAAGGACGUAUCUGGCAACCCAGCUUUUCUGGCGUUCACUCCUUUUGGCUUCACUGUGCUGCAAGGAAACAGGAGGGUCCAUUUCCUCAAAUGGGAUGAGGUUACCAAACUCAAGUUUGAAGCAAAGACAUUCCAUAUAUAUGCAAAUCAGAAGGAGGAUAGGAAGAUCAUCCUGACUUACUUUGCACCUACACCCGAGGCCUGUAAGCAUUUGUGGAAGUGUGGAGUCGAGAAUCAAGCCUUCUUCAAGUUGGAGAAGUCAAGUCAAGUCCGCACAGUGUCCAGUAGUAAUCUUUUCUUCAAGGGUAGUCGUUUCAGAUACAGUGGAAAAGUUGCAAAGGAAGUAAUGGAACAAAGUGCCAAAAUUAAGAGAGACCCCCCGGAAAUCCACAGGGCUGGUAUGGUACCAAGUAGGAGUUGUCCAUCCAUCACCCAUGGCCCUCGUUUGACCAGUGUGCCCAGGACCCGACGUAGAGCUGUACACAUCUCCAUCAUGGAAGGUCUGGAGUCUCUUCGAGACAGUGCCCACUCUACGCCUGUACGCUCCGUCUCCCAUGGCGACUUCAUGCCUUCCCGGGGCCAGAUGAUGGACGGCAGCGAGGCAAGUACAUCAGCCGUCAUCUCCGAUGAAGCCUACAGCCCCUCAGACAGUGUGCUGCCUACACCUGUGGCUGAACGCGGCAUGGAAAUGCCUUUGGACCGCCACCACAAUGGGUCGACUUGCAGCGUUGAUGAGGAGCAGGAUUCCGGGGCGGGGACAUCAAAGGAAGGGAAGGCAGCAGAGUUCAGGCUUGGCAGGAGAGCGCUGCGCAUGGUUAGGAGCAGACAGUCACCACAGAGCGAUGCAGAGGAGCUGAACAAAUUCAUCCUGAGUGUGUUACGUCUGUUCCUGGUUACCAUCGGACUGUUGUUCGCCCUGCUGCUGCUCCUCAUCAUGCUGACAGAAUCAGACUUGGACAUAGCCUUUCUGAGGGACAUCCGCAAGACACCGGAAUUCCAGCAGUUCCACUUUGAAUACUUCUGCCCCCUGCGGCGCUGGUUCGCCUGUAAGUUACGAUGGAUGGGAGGUUUUCUUAUCAGUAAGUGAGGUGAGCUGAAUGGUGCACAGACUGAACAACACAGCAUAACCCUCCACAGAUGGAGAUGAGACAUGUUCAACGGACAGACAGGUCAGGAGAGAGGGCAAGAGGAGGGAAAAGAAAAAAAAUAUGGUUCCUAAUGUGGACUAAGCGUCUCAAAGGAAGGAGCUCCUGCCACAGAGCCACGGACUGACUCCUGACAAGUUUUGACCAUUUCAGCAAGGGAAGAAAUCAUAUUUUCUUUGCAAAGUAUUUUGAUUAUUAUUUGUGCACAAAAAUCACUGCUACGGGGUCAAACAUGUCUGACAGACUACACUCAUCCAACCACCAAAAACAGUUGCCUUUACUUUUUGACUAAUUUAUGCUGUUACAUCAUUGUUACACAGAUUGUCUUGCUGUCUUGGGGUGUGUUUUUUUUUUGUUGACCAGCGAUUGUAAGAUGAAAUUAGCAGUCUCACUAACAACAACAUUUAUCAUUGUUGGGGUCUGUUGUGAGACGAAUAACUGCUGUUUGGAGUCAGAACAGUACCUGGGCUGGUGUGUGUCUGUGUGUACUGUUGUUGUGAUAGCCAGUUUUGGUUCAGCAUCAUUUUUGGCGGCUCCUCGUAACUUCAAAGGGCUGUUUGAGUGUUGAGUCGUGGUUCGUAGGGCUAAAAGUGAGUUUAACGUUAGGGUGGUGGCUGUGAUGGUGUAAGUUAGGGCAAGGGUUGGAGAAUGCAUUUUGCCAUUGAGUGUCCUCACAGCUGGGGAAAGACAAGAAUGUGUGUGUGUGUGUGUGUGUGUGUGUGUGAACGGGUGGGUUUAAAGAAAAUCUGAGCAGCAGUUUCUGAAUGUAAAUCAAUGUAAGAACAAUAUUUACAAAUCUUAUAUUUUGUUGCACUGCCAAUGUGUGUAGAGCCAUUAGCACACUUUAAAGGUCCAAUAUGCAAUAUUUGAGCUAGUAUUUUCACAACAGGGGCUCCAGUGACAACACACCGAGAAGGAGUGUGACACGCCUCUCUGCUGAAGACAUCGGAACUAUACUAUAUGGACGCAGACUAUUGCAUAAUGUACCUUUAAAGCAACUAGACCUUUCUGAAUUCUUCAGGUGUGUUAAACAACCACAUAUGAAGGUGUUAAAGUAAGUUGUAGUAGCUAUUUAAUCUGGGAGUGAUGUUAAUGCUGCCUUGUUACAAGCCUUGAAUCAUUCUUUGUAAUAAAAGUGACUUAGUUUAUUGUUAGUCGUGCGCCAUCACCAUCUUGGCCAGAACACCAAAACCUUUCAUUGACCGCUGAUUAUAACUCAAUCUUUUGUUAGUAUGACAGUAGUGGAGGUGGUAGGGUCACUGGUUUCAUUAAAUAACAGCCAAAUAAUGCUAAUACAGUAACUACUAUCAGCUGAUGGGACUAUGUUAGAGCUGUAGUGAUAGUGAUGUGUUGGUUUGCUCUAUGACUCUGUAGAAAGGAGCUUAUUUGUGUGCAAAACUGUUAAUAUGAAGUCCUUUACAUGAUGGAAAUGUUGGUCUUUGUAGAACGUAGAGCAAAUAUUAGUUAUAUUUUAGUUAUAAGACAGCUAAUGUGGUCCGGCGUAUUAUUUUCUUUUCUAAAAUUAAGACCCAUGUUCCACUUUGUGUUUAGCGCUGCUGUUUAUAUUUCUACAUACGUCUAAGUACAGACGUAUGUAGAUCAUUUUGUACACAUGGAGAUUUCCUCACGGCAACUUUCAGUGGACUUGAAAAGUCAUUUUUAUAGUGGAUACAUGGUUAUCAGACCCACACCUGCUUCUGAGAGACCCUAAGAUAAUUCAUGUUUACGUCCAACUUCAGCCGACCAAAGAAACCGCUGUUGUCCGUCAGUUAGCAUCAGAUGGAAAACUCUGGUAGUCCUGCUGUCCUUCUCCUGUGUUGUUGUGUUACUUCACAUGUAAAUCUGCAGCCCAGAGUGAACAACAGCAUACUUAACACCACAGACAAACCUAAACAAUAUGUACUGCAGGUAUAUGCUGUGUGCAAGUGAUAAUUCUGACCGUUGACGACUUUAAUCACAAAAUGAUUGAGGAAAAGGUAAAGCAAUAUGGGCAGUUCUUCAAAUUACCACAGGUUUUUUUUUUGUUCUUUUUUUCUCUUUGGUGCAGUGUUAGACAGAGAAACAGAAAUAUCAGAUAUAUUUAUAUUCUGUAGUUUCUGUACUUGGUGGUUUUGGAUGUGGAGGUAAAUUGAACCAGUAGAUAUUUUUGCUUUGUACCGGAUUGAUUUUCUCAUUUUAUGUUCAUGUGUGUCAAGAAAAUGCAGCAUAAUUUGAGCAAUAAA